AUGAAGAUUGUCUCAGACUGUGUACUUACAACGCGAGAACAGUUUCCACAGACGCUGACCUGCAUGCCCUUCUCGGAGCUCAAAUUUCGCGUGAUUGCUCUGCAGGAGACCAAAUGCAGAAGGAGCGACGUACGACAGAUGAAUGACGGUACACACGUCAUUCGUGGAGAGAAGGUUCCAUCGCGAAAUGUAGGCGGUGUUGGUUUUGUCGUGCACCCAUCUGUCGUCCAUCUCGUCGAUUCUCACGAGACCCUGUCACCUCGUCUGGCCAUUCUUCGCCUCCGCCCUCUGCGCCAAAAAUCCAUCAGUAUCAUCAACUGCUAUUCACCAACAUCAGCAGCUGAUGAAUCCGAAUUGGACGCGUUUUACGAGGAGCUGAAGGAAGUAGUCCGCAACGAGAAGUCCUUCUACAAAUUCGUUGUCAGAGACUUUAACGCAAAACUAGGAAAGGCCACAGAAGAGGAAUACAGGAUUGGAAGAUUUGGACUAGGGGACCGGAAUGAAAAUGGCAAUCGUCUCGCCGGGCUGUUGUCCGCCGCUCGCCUCUUUCAUGGGAACUCUCUUUUCAUGAAAAAAGAUCAUCGUCGGUGGACAUGGGAAUCGCCCAACGGCGCAACUCGUGCGGAGAUCGACCACAUACUCACCAAUCGGAGGUGGUGUCUACUUGACGUCUCAGUAGUACCAUCCUUUUGUAGUGGUUCUGAUCAUCGUCUCCUUCGUGCGAAAAUACGACUUAGCCACGCGAUGGAAAAGAACAUCUGCUAUCGGCAACGAAGGAGAAAAGAAGUCGUCUACGACGAUUGCGUACUCGAGUACUCCUUGUCCCAAGGUGACUGGCACAUCGAGGAGGACCCAAACGUGGACUACGAGAAGUUGCUCAGAGAAUUACGAGCCUGUGCUGAACGUGCCUCGAAGCCGCGCACGACAAACUUGGAUCGAAUUUCGAAGACCACUAAGGAAUUGUUGGAAAGAAGAAGGGCUUCGAGGCUUGAUUCGAAUGCAUCGCACACUGAGCGGUUAGUAGCAAACACUAGCUGCAGGAAAGCGUUGCAGGAGGAUCUUUUGAAGUACAGGCAGAAGAAGAUUCUGGAAGCAGCACAAAGAAGAACGAGUCUAAAGAAGUGCCGCAGGGAUCUCCGCGAUUAUAAUAUUCCGCUAGCAACCUUGCUGAGCGAAGACGGGACUCGCACGUCUUCUCGUCAUGAGAUGGAAAUAAUUACGGAGAGGUUCUACUCGAGCCUUGUCCGUUCAUCAACUCCUGUAUCAAGCCCAAUCAUCCCCACUGGCGAAGCUCCACCACGGAUUCUCCCUUCAGAAGUACGAGUCGCUAUCAAGAGCAUGAAGCCUGGCACAGCUCCCGGACCUAAUUUUAUAUCAGCAGACUUUCUUCGGGCUGACCAGUGGAAGACCUCGCGAACCGUUCUUAUCCAUAAGAAAGGUGACCGAGAAGACCUUCGGAACUACCGUCCGAUAUGCUUGCUGAGCGUGUUAUACAAAGUAUUCAAGAUCAUCCUCACGCGCAUAUCUACGACGCUGGAUGAAGCCCAGCCUCAAGAACAAGCUGGAUUCCGCCAGGGGUUCGGCUGCUUGGACCACAUCCAGACCGUGUCGAGGGUCAUAGAGGUUUGCCGGGAAUACCACCUGCCCCUUGUUCUAACCUUCGUCGACUAUGAGAAAGUCUUUGACAGCGUAGAAACGAAUGCAAUACUGUCAGCGCUGGUCGAUCAAGGUGUGGACGCGUCGUAUGUGAGGAAAUUAGCCAAUUGCUACGAUCGAUGCACGACUAGGAUACAGCUUUUCCACCGCCCUCUCACCAUACCCAUUGGAACGGGGAUACGACAAGGCGAUACUAUAUCGCUGAAACUGUUCACGGCUGCAUUGCAAUGCAUAAUGAAAUCACUAUCUUGGGAAGAAAGGGCAUACGUGUUGAUGGAAGGUUUGUUUCGAACCUUCGUUUCGCGGACGACAUCGAGCAGUACCAGGGAAGCAGAAACGAUGCUGAACGAAUUGAACGAAGCAGGAAAGAGAAUAGGAUUACGAAUAAACAGAAAGAAGACACAGUUCAUGAAGAACGCCCACUGCGAGGACGGAGGAGUACAACUUGAAGGGCCCCAAAUCGUGGAAACUCCGUCAUACGUAUACCUCGGACGUUCUAUAAACAUGGAAAACGACUUGAAGGAAGAACUGAAUAGAAGAAUGGGAGCAACAUAG